AUGAAUAAAGGAUAUAUUAAGAUUGCUUUAGCACUUUUAAGUGUAGCUGGAUAUAUGCAAAAUAUGGCAUUUGCAAGCGAUUCUACUCCAAGCCCCAAUUCUUCAAAUGAAGAAACUAUACAACAAUUAUCUAUCAACCCUGAAGAAGCUAAACAAGCAUCAGUUAUUAUAUCUGAAGCUUUAGCUCUUGCACAAAAACAUGCCGAACAUACAAAUGAUUACAAGGAAUAUUCUAAGGAAGAUGGAGCAGUUCUACAUUUUAAGAGCGUAAACGGUACCGAAAUUGGAAAGCUUGAACUUACAAUCCCCAACCCCGAUAGUUAUAAUGAUGUAGUAAACAUGUUAUGGGAUCCCAAUGGCGCAAAGAACUUUGAUGAUAAAUUCAUUAAAGGACACCUUGCUCGAAUAUACGAUCCAAAUUUAGUAAUUAUACAACAACGUUACAAAAGUCUUAUUAGGUCAUGGCAAAGAUAUUAUCAUGCAUUAGCCAACAAAGUUGAAUUAUCAAAAGAAAAAACUGCAAUAGUCUUGGUUUCAUCAGAUAUGAAUGAUCAUGAUGGUGGAAAAAAUAAAAAAUAUGUAAAUCCUAUUGUAGAAAGCGCAAACUCAUUCAAACCUGAUAUAGAUUCUGAAGAAGAUAUUAGAAAUGGAGAUUUAUACAAAAUGUUUGUUCACUUAAUAACAUUUUUCGUUGAAAAACACGCUGAUUGCGUUAAAGUUACCUACAUUAGCUCUAUUGAUCCAAAUGCUCCUUACCUUGCACCAGCAAGCCUUAUUAAAAAAAUUUUAGUCAAAAAAAUUAAUAAUUUUAUCAAAUUAAAGGAAAUUUUUAAAAAGUAA